GCGACUCGGCGUUGGCCAGAAGCACGUAUUGAAAUAAGGGAUAUGUAGCUAGCAGGCAAGCAUAUUUAACUUAUAUUGCUUGAAUAUGCAGAAUUCGUAUUUGUUAAUAAUGUCACAAGUGUGUAGAGAUUGUUCCGCCGAUAUUAACAUCUGUUUUGUUUAAAACCGUUCCAAGCUAUUGUCGCUUCUUGCUAUCUUGCUAAUGCCAUUUUGAGCGUGGUUCUCUCCGCACGCUGAGUCAAAACGGGAAAACUUGUGAAAAGUGAUUCUUCCACUAGUAACAUGUACGGUCAUAUAUGACUGAUCAGACUUGUCCAGUCAAUGAUGGAAGCGAUAUUCCAGGCUCCGAAACGUAGGGCAAAGAUUUAUGAAUCAUUCGACACGCCUCUUCCUAUUCCAUGUAGAAAAGAUGCUUCCGAGCAUCAGAAGAACCUCAUAUACAAAGCUGAAAUAAUUAAUCAUCAUGUUAUAGUCAGGAGAACUGACCAUAUGCUAGCGCUAUAUGGAAAGGGUUACUUUGGUAAAGGAGUUCUGUCGAGAAGUAGACCUGAACACACUAUUUCUGAACGGUGGGAAUACAUAGGUGACAAAUGUUUGCCUGUCAUCUGCUUGUCAAAGUACCAGAAACAUGUGAGGUGGGCCCACUCAGUUCUCCUGGCCCAGGGAUUGGAUGAAGAAGUUGUGAAUGAUAUGCUGCAGAAGCUGACGUAUCCCAUUGAGCUAGACCUAAGAGAAGAGCCUGGCAGAAACCCAUGCAGCUCUGAAGAGAAUCAAGAGCCAAGAGCACCUCAGACACCAGCUUCCUUCAGUGCGAGUCAGGACCAGUCAAUGGAGGAAGCAACCACUGGAAAAGAAGGGAGCAACCAGGAAAAGGACUUUGGAGCUCCAGCGGCUGAAUUAUCACAUAGGCAAGGGAAUCCCCUCUAUGAUCCUCUGUCUGAACUCUAUCCCCAAGAGCCUGAGUCAGUGGAUCCAGCUGCGCUGACAGUGGUCAAAUGCAGAAGACACGACGACUGGAUCAUCCACUGUGGAUGUUGGCCAGAUGAGAGCCAAAUGGCAAGCAUUCUGUCAAACUCCAGCGCCCAAGGCCAUGGUCUGUCUGGAGCUUGUGACUAUGUUCUGGUGGAGGAACUUGAUGAAGAGGAUAGUGGAGAUCCUAAUCAGAAUAACAUCUCCAAUGUCAGGACAGGCAAAUUGGUUUGCAGAAUAAACCCUUUUAACAUGAUGGAAUACCUUCAGCUCAGUUAUGAAGAGGCUUUCUUCUUGGUCUAUGCACUUGGAUGCUUGUCGAUUUAUUACGAUGGGGAGCCACUGUCAGUUCUUAAGGUGUGGGCCAUGUUUCGUUCAGCACAGCCCAACUUUGAAACCACGUAUGCAGCCUAUCACUACUUCCGCAGUAGAGGCUGGGUUCCCAAGUCGGGCAUUAAAUACGGAGCAGAUUUAAUGCUGUAUCGGAAGGGGCCACCGUUUUAUCAUGCAAGCUACUCUGUAGUGGUGGAGAGAGUUAAAGAAUCAUUCCAAGGUGCUCCACUGAGGCCCUUCAACUGGAGGUCUUUCGCCGCCCUCAGCAGAGUCACUUGUAACGUCUCAAAGGAGUUGAUGCUUUGUUACAUCAUCAUGCCACCAGAUAUGAGGGAUGAGGUGUUCUUACCAGAGUUCCUGAAAAGAGUCAAAGUUCAGGAGCUCAUUGUAAGCAGAUGGAUAUCUUCAAGAGAACGAAUGGAGCAGGAAGAAAUUUAGACAACUUAAUUUCUUGUUUAUCAGUAAACUGUUUACAGAUUAUCUUUCAGUGUGAAUAAAGAUACCUUGUGCACUGCA